UCUGAACUCCGCCCGGCCUUUAACUCAGGGCGGUGGCGCUUUGCUUGCUUCCGGUCCAGCCGAACCGGAUGUGGAGUCCGAACGUCCCAUGAUGCUCCGCAGGGCGCCCAUUCUAACCGCAGGGAGCAGAGGGAGUCAGUGGUGAUGGCGGCGGCGGAGCCGAAAGUGCUGUCCCCUGCUGCAGUCCCUGAUUUGGAGUGGUAUGAGAAGUCGGAAGAAACCAACGCCACUCAGAUAGAUCUACUUGAGACCACCUCUGCCCAGGAACCUUCCAACCCUUCGGAGCCCUUUUGCUCCAGAGACUGCUUGGUACCAGUGGUGUUUCCUGGGCCUGUAAGCCAGGAAGGCUGCUGUCGGUUUACUUGUGAACUUUUAAAGCAUAUCAUGUACCAACGCCAGCAACUCCCUCUGCCCUAUGAACAGCUUAAACACUUCUACCGAAAACCUUCUCCCCAGGCAGAGAAUGCAGUGAGGAAGAAACCUCGAGUCACCACUGAGGCAAGCAGCAGGAAAUGCCAACAAGCACUGGCGGAACUGGAGAGUGUCCUCAGCCAUUUAGAAGACUUCUUUGCCCGGACACUAGUACCACGGGUGCUGAUCCUCCUCGGGGGCAGUGCCCUAAGCCCCAAGGAGUUCUAUGAACUUGACCUGUCCAGGCUGGUCCCCUUCAGCAUGGACCAGAACCUGAGCACAGCUGCUUGUUUGCGCCGUCUCUUCCGGGCCAUUUUCAUGGCUGAUGCCUUUAGUGAGCUACAGGCUCCUCCACUCAUGGGCACCAUUGUUAUGGCACAGGGGCACCGUGACUGCGGAGAAGAUUGGUUUCGACCCAAGCUCAAUUACCGAGUGCCUAGCCGCGGCCACAAACUCACUGUGACCCUGUCCUGUGGCAGACCUUCUAUUCCAGCCCUGGAUUCAGAGGAUUACAUUUGGUUCCAGGCACCAGUGACACUUAAGGGCUUCCACGAUUGAACCGAGGGUGUUUCUUAACUCUAAAAACAUAAUGGCUAAAUUAUCUUUCUCCCUGUAGCACCUUGUCAUGCAUCUCUUGCUUGGAGCUGGAAUUGCUUCCUGGUGAGAGAAGAAGGCUCUGUCCUCCUGGCUGUUUGCCUCCCCUCAGACUUCCUGGUGGGCUGAUGGUGUGUGGCUGUGACCAAAAUAAUCAUUAUUGAGCAACAAUUCCGAAUCAAAGGUUGAUUUUCCCAGAGGGUGCUGGGUCAGAUGUUCCUAUUUAGGAUUGGAAAGCAAAGAUGGGUUCAUAAACAGAUUCUCCUAUGGGGUACGCUUUUGAUCUUUUCUUUCAGAGUUUCUACCAGAGUCAUAAAGUGUGUGUGACUUAUGAAUUUAAAUAUAAAAUGAAUAAUCAUUAAAUUUUCCUGAAACUUUUGACUUAAGA